ACAACUCGUUAUCAUAGCAAACGCACCGAGUCAUUCCGGAUUUGUGGACUGCCUAUUGCUUGGCCAUUUUAAUUUUUAACAAAAUGCUACUUGCUAUUAAACCGUAAUACUUAUAUAACAACGUACGACAUUCGAACGAUUAAACGCCAUUAUAUUACCAUAAUAAAUUAUUACACUAGUUCAGUGAGAAAGAUUAAAGAUUGCGAAUAAUCCAUCGUGUAAGAUGGAAGACAAAAAAAAGUUGGCUCUACUUAUUGUAAACCAUUUGAAAACCCAACUAAGCAAUGGGAGCUUCACUGAUGAAUCAUUGGAAAGUAUGGAAGUAGCAGUUCAGUGCAUUGAGUCAGCUUAUAAUUUAAAUCCAACCGAAUCAGAUGCCGUUGACGUUAAGUUGGAAAACAUUGUGAAAGAUUAUUUUAAAGCUAAAGAACAUAAGGCAAACAUUAAGGCAGAAAUAAGUCAAUCUCAUAAAGAUGAAGCUGAAAACUAUAAGAAGUAUGGAAAUGAUUUCAUGAAAAUUCAAGAUAAUGACAAGGCUAUAGAUGCUUACACUAUAUCGAUUAAAUUAAAUCCAUUCAAUCCAAUUUAUUAUUGCAACAGAGCUGCUGCCUUUAAUGCUAUUGGCAAGUACAAUAAUGCUAUUGAGGAUUGCCAGAAAGCAAUUGAACUUGACCCGACAUAUUGCAAAGCAUAUUGCCGUUUGGGAUUAGCUUUUUCUUACUUGAAAGAUUAUCACAAAGCAGUGUCAUGUUACAAAAAAGCUUGUGAAUUAGAUCCUGAUAACCAGGGUUAUCAACGGAACUAUCAGCUUACUUUGAAUAACUUGCAAACAAAUUCUGGAGCUUCUUCACAGUCACCAAAUGACCCUCCUAUCAUGGCAACUCCAAAUUUAAUGGAAACCGCUGCACGUAUCAUGACUGAUAAUCCAGAAGUAUCUUCUGUGAUCAACAACAUUUUGGGAGAUGUAACUAAUUCUGGCAGUGAAGGACUAGAUAGACUGAUGCAAGUUGGACAAACUAUAGUUACUCGCCUACAAACAGCUAAUCCUAAUCUGUUAGAUGGAUUACGGAUGCAAUUUCAGAAUGCUCAAAAUGAAGGACAACCACCACCACACAAUGGAUAUCAUGAUGAUGAACCUCAACCUUAAACUAACAAAAUAUAAGCUUUAAUAACUUUAAUUAUUUUCCUUAUUCAUAAACAUUGAUAUAAUUAUUGAUUACCUUUUUUUUUAAAUUCAAUUAAUUUAAUCGGUGUUGUUUAAAUAUUUUUAGUCAGUAGAAGUUGUCAAACAUAUAAGUGGUUGGUGAUCCCACCUAAUAUGAAGCAAUACAGUACAAAAUAACAAUUACUGUUGUCAAGUUAUUUGAAAACUAUUUAACCUGUUUUUUACUACUGUUUUUAUUUUUUUUAUCAAAUCUUUAAUUCAUUUGAUUUUUACCAGUUAUCUUUACCUUUGCUUUAAGUUAAUAUUAUAUUUAAUAAACACAUACACUUUAGUUGUAUGAGAAUGUUCUACAAAUACUUAUGAUGAUCGAUUUUGACAACCACAUAUACGUUUGGCAACUAUAAUAGUUCUUUGAAGUACAGUAUCAACUAUCAAUUCAAUAAUUUUGACCAUGGUUUUCAUAGUAAAUUAAAUCUAAAUAAAAUUAAAAAUUAAGUCUGCAUUUUCUGUAUUUAUACAUAUAUAUCGUAUAUUUGUUUAUAAACAUAUUAAAAAUAA